GGUGAGGGCAGCCUUGGGAAGGAAGGGGCUGCCCUCACCCUGGGAAGGUUGGGAUUGGGGGGCUGAGAAGAAAAAAUGUUCCAGUCCAAAGCUCCAGUACUUCGUUAUUUCAGAGAAAAGGAAAACACCGUAUUCUCCCACCCAGACCUUACCUCUGCUUACCUUGUAGGGUAGGUACAUGCUGCCAGGCUCUUCCCCUACGAUCUUCUCUUUGCCUGAAGGAGAUCUGUUGGGUGGACCGGUUUGCAGCCUGCUUUUUUAGAUCAUGAUCUCCACUGUCUCAUGGUAAUAAAAUUUCAUCUCAUCUAGUUUUCCAGUCCAUGUUCAGAUGCCCAAUUUGUCCCCAAAGCAUCCUUUAUGGCUGAUAUGCUCAAACUAGGAUCCAGGCUAGGGUCAUACAUUGCAUCUGGUUCUUUUGUUCCUUGAGCUCCUUUUCUGGUGAUCAAUAAAGUCUCUCUUGACAUACUGAAGAGACUGGGCUGCAAGGCAGCAUUUCCAGGAGUCUGUAGCCCCAGUGCUGCCUGGAGAAAAGUGCAUGGGUACUUUCCUGUCAUGUUUGAUCCUUUAGGAAUGUGGGAGACCUUAAGUGACACCCCUCUCUUCAGAGUGUCAGGAGCUACAGGGCCUAGCAAGUCAGGCUAUAGCAGGUGACCUCAGUGUUGGGCUUUGGGUCAUUCAGGAACUGUGCCCACAGUUUUCUGGUUGUUGUUACUGCUAUCGCUGCUCACUGCUACUCCUGGUUCAGAGUUUACUUUGUACUGGGUGCUGUUUUGGUCACUUGAAGUACAUUUUUUCCCAUUUAAUUUCCACUAUGGUCUUGUGAGAUGAGUGUUAUCCAGAUUAUAGAUGGGGAUGCAGAUUCAGAGAGAAGGAAGAAAUUGCUCUUUGUCCAUGCUGUUAAUAAGUGGCCGGGCCAGGAGUUAAAGCCAGCCUGUCUGACCUGAGUGUGCCCAUUUCAGAUUCCCCUAACAAAGAUACUUUCUUGCUAGCACAGGGUAAGGAGGGGAGCUUAGGACCCAGGCAGGGUGGCUUUUUCUUUUCUAACUAGAAAGGGACCUAUGUGAAGGUUUUGGGGUCCUAGACAGUGAGGGAUGCUAACUGCAAAGACAGCUCAGGCUUAGAUUUUAGAAAUGAGAAACAACGGUAUUCACUAUAUUUGGAAUUCUAGGGUGCAUGUGAGGAGUGGUUGUAGACCUGGGAACCAGAGAGGGCCAUGGGGGUCAGGCCUCUGAAUCCUGACAGUAUAGAUUCUUCUUUCAGUGCCUAGGGAAGGGGUGGGGGCUGGGGAGUGACCAGAGAUGGACAUGCGUGGCCCCGGCUCAGAAGGUCUGUGGCUGUCAAGCAGAGCCCACAGUCGUCGGUCUCAUGGAGAUGCCUACUAAGUCUGGGCAGGGCAGGGCAGUCGCUGCACAGGGUGUGGCCGAGCAGACAGUCUCGCAUGAGCCAGGUCUGGGGUGGAGGCGGGGGGAGGGCAGAUGUGGGGAACCAGUGUGAAGAAUCUCCUGGUCAUUCCGGGUGUCUCUAAAACAUGCUCCCAGUGUAGGCCUCAAACACCUCCCAGGCUGAGCAGGUGUGGCCAGCAUGAAGCAGCGAGCCCAGCAAUGGGCCAGGUGUACCUUCCAGUCUGAAAGGGCACCUGCAUUGGGCUGCAUCGUGAUCCGAUACACGGCCCCAUGGCACGUGGUCUUCUUCUCUGAGUCUCUGGGCAUCCCUUCACUUCGUGUAUUGGCCCAGAAGCUGCUUGAGCUGCUCUUUGAUUAUGAGAUUGAGCGGGAGCCCCUGCUUUUCCACGUGUUCAGCAAUGCUGGUGCCAUGCUGUACCGCUAUGUGCUUGAGCUCCUGCAGACCCAUGUGCGCUUCUGCCACCUGCGUGUGGUGGGCGCCGUCUUUGACAGUGGUCCUGGUGAUAGCAACCUCGUAGGGGCCCUGCGAGCCCUAUCCGUCAUCCUGGAGCACCGACCUGCCAUGCUGCGCCUGUUGCUUCUGGUGGCCUUCGCCCUGGUGGUAGUCCUGUUCCACAUCUUGCUUGCGCCACUCACUGGCCUCUUCCACACCCACUUCUAUGACAGCCUACAGGAUGCAGGCUCCCACUGGCCUGAGCUCUACCUCUACUCAAGGGCCGACACGGUGGUCCGGGCCAGGGACGUGGAACGCAUGGUGGAAGCACGGCUGGGCCACCAGGUCCUGGUGCGUUCUGUGGACUUCGUGUCAUCUGCACAUGUCAGUCACCUCCGUGACUACCCUACUUACUAUGCAAGCCUCUGUGUCGACUUCAUGCACAACUGUGUCCACUACUGAGGUCCUGACACCUUCUUCAACCUCAUCUGUCCUGGGGGUCUGGGGUGGUCUGCUUACCGAGAGUCCUAGGGGCAGGAACGCCUGGGCAGGUUUCUGUGGCAGCCUUGCCGUUGGUUAGUAUAGCAGUUAGGCUGCUGAUUCCUGUGGCUUUCAGGUUAUAAAAGAUUAAUAAAGCCAGGAGAUGGUUAAAGAUAAA